UCGCACGGCAGCCGCAAAAUUUUUAAUUGUUUGCUCAGGAAUAACAUUUUCAGAUAUGCACUUUGGAAUUUUGUCUAGUGAUAACAGAAGGAUGCGUCCGCAUAUAAAGAACAAGGAAUUACAUUGUCGGAUCUGUUUGGUGCAGCCACAGAAUGAAUCCCUCAUGCCUACGGAGCCGGAUUUUCCGGUACAAAUAAAGCGUUGCACGGGAGUUGAUCUUAGUGAGACUCCCAACUGGCCGAAUCACAUUUGCACCAGCUGCGCAUUGCUUCUUAGGGCGGCCCUUAAACUGCGAUCCCUUUGCCAGAAAGCGGAGAAGGAACUGGAGGAGCAGCAGCUGCAGGAGAUUCACAUACAGAUUAUUCAUAAUGACCAGGAUAUGAAACAGAAAUGUGAUGAUGGCUUAGACCAGCCAAAAAAGUUGACUUCUGGCAGUGAUAGCGAACUUGAGUACGAGUUCCUUGAAUCCUAUGAUAUGACGUUGGACAACAACGAGGAUGCGGAUUGUAGUGCCGAUGAAAUGGUCAGCAUAGAACCAGCUAACUCAGUGCCAGAAGAAUCCGCCUGUUCCCUAAGUCCCAAACCGGCAACCGAAGACGAAGAGGACUCCAGCCAGACUCCUUGCUUUGUCUGCACUAUAUGUCAGAAUGUAUAUACGGAGAGGGUCAAGUUAUCCAACCACAUGAAGGUCCACAACACAGAGAAACCACACGAGUGCGAAAUCUGCCACAAACGAUUUCGACAAACUCCGCAGCUGGCGAGGCACAUGAACACGCACACUGGCAAUCGACCAUAUAAAUGUGAUUAUUGCGACUCCAGAUUCGCAGAUCCCUCCACACGCAUUAAGCAUCAGAGGAUCCACACAAACGAACGGCCAUACAAAUGCAAGUUUUGCAGCAAAUCCUUUGCCUACUCUAAUGUUCUUCGGGUUCAUCUCACGACCCAUACUGGAGAGCGCCCUUUUAGCUGCCAGUACUGCCAGAAGACAUUCUCCCAGCUGCACCAUAAAAACGCCCAUGAAAAAUCGCACAAGUCCAAAACAUGAGCAAAACAUUUGAGUACAAAUAAAUUAAGUUUUUAUGACACGUAAAAAUAUACUUUAGUCUUCUUAAGUUUUCAGUGACGAAAAUAAACCUCUUUAUAAACUU